AUGGCGAGCGCCGCAGUUGCAACUCAACCAUCACAACAACACAUCGGGGCUGGCCCUACUUCUCGUACCUCGUCGCCUAUGGAUAGUAAAAAGGCAACUUUGAAGCCAAAAGAAUCACAAACCCCAUCACUUGUCGAAGAUCUAAAACCCGUUAUUCAAGCAUCCGAGCCUCUUGCACCCCCUCCAAGGCCUGCGCCAGCUAAUCCAACUGAGACCCCAGACUACUUCUCCGCUCUGCACAAUAACGACAGCGGUAUUGGUCAAGAGUUCAAUCCCUUUGAACAAUCUUUCGGAGCCCCUUCAACAGAGACCCCUGGCAAGAACCUUCUACCUCCAGUCGCCGCAUUGACUUCUCCUGCUAUCCCUGGUACAAGUUCCACAGGCGGUUACAAUUGGCAAAGCUCCCUUCGGUCUGGGCCCUUAAGCCCUGCGAUGUUGGCCGGUCCACAACAGGGCGACUAUUUCGAUAGUAUUGGUCGUGGAUUCCCUACACCAAACGAAUCGUCUCUUCGCACUGGACUCACACCUGGCGGUGGUGGGUCUAUGUUCCCGGCCCCUAGUCCUAACUCACAGGCUCUCUUUAACUCCCUUGCAAGUGGCGGCGCCACCCCAGGUACCCUGGAUUUCCAUCGCACUGCUAUGAAUGCAGCUGCAAGAAACAAGAACAAUCAAUUUGCCACUACCUCGAACCCACAGGAACCUCAACCCCAAACCAACACUAAUAUGGAUGCUCAACAUGACGCAACUGACGCUGCCAAUGGUCUGUUCAUGCUUGCCAAAGGUGGCCAGGGGAACAACCAGUUCGCAGUAGCUAAUUCGGCCCAACCUGCUCGAAGUACUCAAGAUCAAAAGGCCAGCAAUGGAAACGUCUCCGGUGGCGAUGCAGAUAGUAACGGAAGUCCAGGGGACAACAGCCGAUCUAAUACACGUGGUGGCCGUGGUAAGAAGCCUACCAAAGCAGAGCCAGCUUCCAAGAAUUCCAGGAAGUCCGAUGCCACCCCGAAAGGUAGCAACAAACGUUCCAAGGGGAACUCUGGCGCUGCAAAUGUAGACCCUGCUCUUGACCCACACGAGGAAGACGAGGAUGACAAUAGCGAUAUGGAUGAAGAUAUGGAAACGACCCACCCAAAUGGCAAGAAGAUGACGGACGAAGAAAAGCGAAGAAAUUUCCUGGAACGAAAUCGCGUUGCUGCGUUAAAGUGUCGACAGCGGAAGAAGCAGUGGCUUGCUAAUCUCCAAGCAAAAGUUGAGAUGUACUCUGCUGAGAAUGACAGCCUUAACACUCAAGUUGCCCAACUUCAUGAGGAGAUCCGCAAUCUGCGCACUCUCCUCGUUAGCCACAAGGACUGCGCAGUUGGUCAUGCCCAGGGAAUUGGGAAUUUCCUCAAUGGCAUGCAAGACCCUAAUGGCUUUCCCAACCAACACGUGAAUCCAUAUGGCAUGCCCAUGCCUAGUGGCCCCCAGAUGCAAGCAGGUAUGCAACGAACAUGA